AUGAGUGACAUUGAAGCAGUUGCAUCCCUCAAGAGAGAAGAGGAUACAGAGUGCCAAAAGGAAAAGAAGCAGAAGAUGAGAAGGAUCAUGGAUUUGAAAGCAUCUCGCCAAUGUUCUACUAUUCUCAAUGUUUUGUCCACUCACAAACAUGGAUGGCUUUUCAAUCAGCCAGUGGAUCCUGUUUUGUUCCAAAUCCCUGAUUAUUUUGAUAUCAUAACACAUCCCAUGGAUUUAGGCACAAUUAAAUACAAGCUCGAGUCAAAUAGCUAUCCUUUUAUGGAGGAUUUUGUGGCUGAUGUGAGAUUGACCUUCUGUAACUCCAUGAUAUACUAUGCCCGUGGUGAGAAAGUUUAUAAAAUUGCAAUGGAGCUCAGCCAAAUAUUUGAGGGUAAAUGGGAAGAGUUUGAGAGAAGUUUGAAGUGUGAACAAGAUCCUGAAAAAAGUAUGAAUCAAGAAAAUGAUACAUUGUCCAACAAGCCACCUCAAAGACUUGCGAGAAUUUGUUACACACCAACUUUUAGUGCUACGUUCAGAGUAAUUCCGAGAGGCAUGCACAAAGGAUCAAAAGGACGUGUACACAAAUCUGGUACUAAUAAACUGGAAAGACGAGGCCAUCGCAACUCACAUUUGCAGAAGAAAUCUGAUGCUGAUUCUGUUGAGAAAGAGUUAGGAUUGAGACCCAAAUUAAAGCUGCUGAAAAAGAGCCUAAAGAGACAGAAAAAUAUAGAAAGAGAAAUUGCUAUUGGAUUAGAAAAGAUUAAGAUAACUGCGGAUGAAAAAGAUAAAAGUAUGAAAGAACUUGAAAUCUUUCUCCUCAAUCCCUAG